AUGCAUUCAUGGUUGAGUGACAGCUACAACAGCUCGACGUCGUUGAUCUCGAUCGAACGGUACAAAACAAUCCGCGAUCACAUCCGCAGAAAGUACGACGACUGGGCAUCAUUCGUUCUUCCGCUGGGUAGACUGUCUGAAUACUCGGCCCUGCGUAAGCUUCUGGUCACCAAGUACAAGAUCCAUGAGACUUCAUUCGACCGUCGCCAAGCCGCUCCUCGAUUCGUCAUUCGUCCACAAUCGGCCUUCUGCUACGAAGGACAGAGCUGCAAAUUCUACUGCCGUGUCAUUGGUGUGGCUACUCCUGUUGUGACCUGGUAUCACAACAACCAGGAGCUGAAGCAAUCGGUGAAAUUCAUGAAGCGUUACGCCGGCGAUGACUACUACUUCAUAAUCAACCGCGUCAAGUUGGACGAUCGCGGCGAGUACAUCAUCCGUGCCGAGAACCACUACGGCUCACGCGAAGAGGUCAUCUUCUUGAACGUCCACCCGAUGUCGAAACAGGUACCAGUAUACAAACCAGAAACCCACACAGUCCGCAAACGCGAGCCAAGCCCGCGACCAUUAUGGCAGGAGGAAUCGGAUGCUGCUCCAGUGUUCACCUUCGCGCUGCGUCCGCGUGUCAUGCAGACCAGAGAUACUUGCAAGCUGUUGUGUUGUCUGAGUGGCAAACCAGUCCCGACCGUGAAGUGGUACAAGAAUGGACGAGAACUUAGCCGCUACGAAUACUCGAUGACUCACACGGAUGGCGUGGUGACCAUGGAGAUUAUUGACACCAAGGUUGGAGACUCAGGCGAGUACAAGUGCGUGGCAAUCAACCCAUUGGGCAAGGCCGAAACCAGUAGCGUCGUGAUCGUUGAAGAUCGCCGCAACCAGACGGAAGUACCACAGGCGGAAGCCAAGAAACCAGCGGUGAAGAAGCCGGAACCUAAACCAUUGCCAAGCGCUACGAAGUCACUGGGACCACCGGACGCACGAUCCCGGCAAUCCACCCGCGAAUUGUUGCCUCUGCAAUCGGACUCUCUGAUGCAUCCACCAAAGUUCACCAAGGAGUUGAAGGACGUAAUCGCUUCGGACGGUGAACCGCUACAAUUGAAUUGCCACGUCAGUGGAGACCCACUGCCACAGAUUGUAUGGACCAAGAACGGUAAAAAGGUGACGUCGUCGGACGUCAUCGACAUUAAGUACAAAUCGGGCAUUGCCAGCCUGCGAAUCAACGAAUUGUUCCCUGAAGACUCGGGCACCUACGUGUGCACAGCCAAAAACUCCAUGGGAGAAACGGCCACGCAAUGCAAGCUCGAUGUGAAGAAAGGUGCCGGCUCAGGCCGUGCUGGUGACAAGAAGGGUGCCCUUGUGAAGGCUCCAGUCAUCAACAAACACACCGAAUCCGGCUACUAUAAGGACGGAUCGGAGGUGAUCAUCAAGUGUAACAUCACCUGCCCGGAUCCAUUCAAUGUGAUCUGGCUGCACGACAACCGCGAAAUCAAGAACACACCCGACUUUGAAUACGUGAACGACGGCGAUGCGUACUCGCUGCACAUCCCGGAAAUCUUCCCCGAAGAUGCCGGCACGUACACGUGCGAGGCAUUCAACAAAGGUGGCGAAAGCUUCAGUUCCUGUACCAUUACGGUGCUAUCCCAGGGCGAGCAGAAAGAUCAGCCGACCUUCGCCAAAUUCCCUGCUUCGUUGAGUGUGCUGGAUGGGGCGAAGUCCGUGUUUACCUGCGAGACCUACGAUGCGCCUUCCAAGCUGGAGUGGUACAAGGACGGUGAACCGAUCAACGAAUCCUCCAACCGGUACCGAUUUGUCAAGAAGGACAACAAAUACACCUUUACCAUUGCCAAGUGUACGUUCGAGGACAUUGGCCAGUACCAGGUGCGGGCGGUGACACGCCAAGGAGACGCCCUGGCCUCAUUCUCGGUCAAUGUUAGUGCGUAGGGAACCUCCACGAGUUCGUAAGCUCUACUUUAGUUCGUAAGGCCGUUAGGAAGUUAGUUAGAUAGACGUAAACGAGAAGAUUUUUUUUGUACUUGAAUUUUUUGUUAGAGUCUAAUGGAUAUUUUUUGGAUAAGCUCAAACCGAAUGUCUUUUGCGUCUCCAUUUGUAAGUAAUAUUUUUGUAAAGUAUUAUUUAUUUUUUGACUUUCAAAUCCGUAUGAACCGCGUAUGAACCCUUUGAGACAUAGGCAGUGAAUUUUUUAUUGUUGAUAUAAAAAUGACGAAAAUCCAUAAAAAUAAUAAAAACGAAAAAGUUAAUUGUAAAUAA